CAAGGAAUAUAGAAGUACAGAAACAAGAUGUCAGCCUCCACGUUAAAUAGGGUUUUCUUGGCCUCUAUAUUUCUACUUUAUUUACUAGUGAAUGUACGAUCUGCCUUACAAGAAGAUGCAAUUAUUCAAGCAAGUAGUACCGAAUCUGCGGACACAGUAAAAGAAGAAGAUUGUGGAUGCUCUUCUUUGAAUCGCGAGAAGUUGGUUGAUCGAAACGGAGAAGCAGACGUCGAUCACGGUGAGGGCGAAAGUGAGGAAACGUCUGGGCCGUCGAAGAGCCUGGAUGAUGACCACGGCACAGAAGAAGACCCUGCUCUGAAAUACAGAGCUGAAGCAAAUGAGAAUACAAAACUAUGGAAUGAAAUGGUGCAUAUAGAAGGGGGAAUGUUCACAAUGGGUAUUGAUGAACCUAUCAUACCACUUGAUGGAGAGAGCCCUUCCAGGAGAGUCAACGUUGAUUCGUUUUAUGCCGAUGUUUAUGAAACAAGUAAUGCAGAAUUUAUGCGAUUCGUUGAGGCUACUGGCUACCAGACAGAUGCUGAAAAAUUUGGAGACUCCUUUGUUGUUGAAACAGUGAUAAGUGAGGAAGUUAAGAAAGAUAUUACACAAGCUGUUGCAGCUGCUCCAUGGUGGUUACCAGUGAAAGGAGCGAACUGGAGACAUCCAGAAGGCCCUGAUUCAAAUAUAACUAAAAGGAUGGAUCAUCCAGUUGUUCAUAUGUCAUGGGCCGAUGCCAAUGAGUAUUGUAAAUGGGCUGGAAAGAGACUACCAACAGAAGCUGAGUGGGAAUAUGCCACUAGAGGGGGGUUGGAAAACAGGCUAUUUCCAUGGGGGAAUAAUAUGCUUCCUAAUAGUAAACACAGAAUGAACAUCUGGCAAGGGAAGUUUCCAACAACCAACACAGGUGAAGAUGGCUUUAUUGGCACGUGUCCUGUAAAUAAUUACAAACCAAAUGGAUUUGGUUUGUAUAAUACUGUCGGAAAUGUGUGGGAGUGGACAUCAGAUCGUUGGACCAUUCAUCAUUUGAAAAAAUUUCUCAACAAUCCUACUGGUCCUGAAACUGGUGACAAACGAGUUAAAAAAGGAGGUUCAUUUAUGUGUCAUAAGUCCUAUUGCUAUCGGUAUAGAUGUGCUGCCCGCAGCCAAAACACCGAAGAUAGCUCAGCCUACAACCUUGGAAUGCGCUGCGUUGCUGACAGAUUACCCGAAGGUGUACCAGAAGUGAAGCGGCCAUCUCAAUAAUCAAAAGAUUUUGAGCGUCUACUGUCUUCCAUCAUUCCCUUCAUUUAGUCUUUCAUUUUGCACUCUAAUUUUUUUUUUUUUACACCUAGUAUAAGCCUAACCUCAAAUAUAAGACCACCUUAAUGGUAAACACUUCUGGAAAAAUUGAAUUUACAAUCUCUUACAAAAACAGUUUUAUUUUGUGAUUGUGAUCAAACCAGUUUUGUCUUGCCGGCCAAUUACUAAAAAAUUUACUUGGCACUUUCACCAACCAUUUGUUUUAUUAUGGAUAACACCAUCUUGGAAUUUUAUUUCUUCUGGUCAAAUUUUGGGCUUAUUGAAGCAAGUUAUGUUAAUAAUAUUUUAUAUUAAUUUUUUAGCAAGUUUUUAAAUUGAUAUUCCACCAAAUUUUUCUUCACCUUGUACGUCAGAUUUUUUUAACAGUAUGAAUUACUGGACUAUCAUUGAUAGUCCAUGCACGUAGCUUAAUGUGGUUAAACAAACAUAUUUAUUUAUUUAUUACAGCUUACAAAUAAAUCUAAGUAGCAAGUUCUACUAAUGAAUGGAAUUAAGUUGUCAAAAAAGUGUUGAUACAUAAUUUAAAUGAUUAUGAACAAAAAAUGUUAAUAAAAAAUGGUAAAUGUUAAUUAAAACUAGUUAUAUAGUUUGAUAUAGUUUAUUAUACACCAAGGGCUAAUAUAAGAUAUAUUACAGGAAAACACAAUGUUAGUAGGUAAAUCAUGGCAUUAGAAAUGUAUAUGUUGAUUAAGAUAAUACUGUAUUAUUCAAAGUAUUGCUAUAUUUAAUUAAUUUUUUUUUUAUUUUAUAAUUAAAAGCUCACUUUAAUA